AUGGCUCCUCCCAGCGUGUUAAUGGUGGGCACGGGCGAGUACACCACCGGCUUUGUCGGAGGUGGUGCCUCGGGCUCAGAUAAAAAAGUCGGCGUGGUCGGACUGACCAUGUUUGACUUGCGCCGACGAGGCAAAGUCGGUGAUCUCAGCAUGGUGGGCGUCUCCGGCAAAAAGUACCCCGGCAUCCGUGAUCAUCUGCACCGCAACAUUUGCCAAGUAUACAAUGGGCUGGAUACCUCCUUCACCUCGUAUCCAGCCGAUGAUCAAACCGAUCCAGACGCCUACAAGACGGCUAUUGAUGCCCUCCCCAAGGGUUCCGCAAUCACCAUUUUCACCCCAGACUCGACCCAUUUCCCAAUCGCUCUGUACGCGAUCGAACGAGGCCACCACGUCCUCAUCACGAAGCCCGCCACGCAACGGCUCGAGGACCACCUCACACUGGUAGAAGCCGCCCACAAAGCUGGAGUCUUCGUCUUCGUCGAGCACCACAAGCGAUUCGACCCCGCUUAUUCGGACGCGCGGGCCAAGGCCCGCUCGCUCGGCGAUUUCAAUUACUUCUACAGCUAUAUGAGCCAGCCGAAGAGUCAAUUGGAGACCUUCAAGGCGUGGGCGGGUCGUGACUCGGAUAUCUCGUACUACUUGAAUUCCCACCACAUCGAUAUCUGCGAGAGCAUGGUACCGGAGUAUACGCCUGUGCGAGUGACUGCGACUGCCUCGCAGGGAACCGCCGCGGCAGUGGGCUGUGUGCCUGAGACGGAAGACACCAUCACUCUGCUGGUGGAGUGGCGCAAGAAAGAUGACCCCUCGAAGAUUGCCACGGGCGUGUACACGGCCAGCUGGACUGCGCCUCUGAAUGCGGGUGUGCAUUCCAACCAGUACUUCCAUUACAUGGCUGCCAAUGGCGAGAUUCGCGUGAACCAAGCCAAGCGCGGAUACGACGUCACAAGCGACGAGCAAGGACUGAUGUGGUACAAUCCAUUCUACAUGCGUUAUGCUCCCGAUGAAGAGGGCAACUUUGCCGGCCAGACCGGCUAUGGAUACAUCAGUUUCGAAAAGUUCAUUGACGCCGUGACGGCGGUGAAUGAGGGCCGGGUCACUCUGGAUCAGCUGGAUGCUCGUCCCCUGCCUACGUUGAAGAACACCAUUGGAACUACGGCCAUUUUAGACGCCGGUCGCAAGUCGCUGGACGAACGGCGCCCUGUGGACAUCAUCUGUGAUGGUGGGAAGUGGCAGUUGAAGUAG